AUGCUGCUCUCACCGACCCUUUAUCAGAAGAAAUAUGGCGUCCCUCCGACCCCUAUAGCCAUUAUUAUCGGCUCACAUCGCAGCGGACUCACCCCAAUAUCUGCAUACGACCUUACCAAUCCGUCUGCCAACGCCUCCCGUGAAGAACGAACAGCCUACCGACAAUCCAGAUUAUGUGGAUACACAUCCCAACUUCUAGUUGAUCUUGAUGUUGUCUCAUUGAGGUCAUUAACUAUCCCAGAAGAUUCAAAUCCUAUCAAUCCAACAAUGCAAAGAAGCAGAUGGUUUGAAACAAGUGAUCUAGUUCUUCCAAUAAGUAGUUCAGAGGCAGAAGGAAUUUCAUGGACGGCGCAAAAUCCUCUCAUUUGGAAGCAUCUUCAACUGUAUCUAAAACUCGCUUCGAGAUUGUUGACGAGAAUGCAUUUAGACCCUUUUGUUCAAGCUUUACUACUCGGAAAUACCGAGACAAUUCCGAUUGAAGAAUUCAAGUCUCAAGAUGUAUUUCGUUUCGGUCCUGGAAUCCAAAAGCUUUUCAAACGCUUUGAUCCCCUGGCAUACGAUUCGAAAAAUGCUUUUCGAACAAGACAAGAAUUAAAUCGCAUCGGAAAGAAAAUCCUGAUGCGCCAUUAUACGCUGGGAUUUGGUGUUGAUGAGCCUGCCAAAAGCCAAGGUGAUGAAGGAAUGGAAUCAUCUGCUCCUCUGAAACAAAGCUUCGUUGCAGUUUCCACAUACAACCGUCAAAAUAUGACAAUAGUCACUAAGUAUAACGUAUACAGCUUUAGAGUGCUAACGAAUCCCAACUUGUCUAACGCAGAAAGGCUUUCUGAGGAAUGGUAUGUGGCAACAUCAAUGUAUCAUGAAUUUAUGCAUGUGCUUGGCUAUGCUAAGGAAUCCACAUCCGAUGGAGACUCUCUCAAAGAGGAAAUAAAGGAAGCGGUUUCUCAUGGUGCACUUUACGAGCCAAUGUGGCGUCGAGAACAAAAGUCUGAACUUGGAUGGGCAGGCGAGGCUUCCAUGUUUGGAGGCACACAUUCCAAAAUACUGUACAAUAAAAUAACGAAUGGACCUGGCUUGGGAAGCACUCUAGAUCCAUGGCCAGAAUACGACGCAGCAAAGCAUGGUGAUACACCUCAGCUUUUACUACCCUUGGGCUCAAGAUGGGCAUCUCCUCUGCCUAUAUAUAUGCAUACUCAAUUUCGAUCAGAGGACUUCUGGUCGUUAUAUGCCAGAAAAUAUGAGUUAUUCCACCCUGUGAAUUCGAUAGGCUAUGCACAUGCAAUCACCAUCGAAGAUGACUAUGCUAAAGAAAUUGACUAUCAAUACAAUGUUGUUCUUCCGUCUGAUUUCAACGGAUAUUUAUCGCCAGUGUCAGUCAUCACCCCCACCCUACAUGGGGUUUCGAAACCGAGUGAAUGUACUUAUGCAGAAUACCUCUUGUUGAAUCGAGAUGGGAGAAUGGACAAAGCCAAAACUCUUCGAAGUCGUCUUGAAAGAUUUCGCGAUUUGUUUCAUGAAAUCAAUGCAACUAUGCAUCAACAAUCCAAAACACUCAUGGAUUACGCGUGGUUAUAUGCAUACUUUGAAGAGCCACCAGAGCCAGAGUAUGAGGAAGCAGAGUAUGAGAAUGGUUUUGAGAAAUGGCUUGAUAAAUGGACUGAAUCUUUGAACAAACUCACUGAAGCCUUGGAUGCCUGCCUACAGAAUUUCGAUAUUAGCAUUCACAGACUCACUGUCUGGGAAACAGCCAUUAAAUCCAGCUUAUAUAGCGACAGGUACCAUGAAGAGGAAAUCAAUCAAUGUAUCAAUCUCAAAAAUUUCGGAGUAAAUCUAUUGGAGCUUAUCGAAUCACUUAAAUUCAUAGAAGGAGAAAAUGAUAGGAAUUUACAAAGGUACUAUAAUGAUAGCGUCGAUACCUACUGGGCCAGUCGCAGAAGGCUCUCCCCUGAAUGCAAUUACGCGACUGUCAUUGCGGACAAUGCGUCGAGUGCACAAAAGAACAAAGCUGUCUUUGAAGCAAAAUUACAAAGAGCUCGAGCGCCCCUAGCAUAUAUGGACAUCGCUUCAUUCGAGCCAUUGUGUAAUCAGUUGCUCCAUGAUGAUCUUGGAGCUGCUCUGAAACCAGCAUUGAGAGCAGAGCUCUUUACACUGCUAACGAAAUGUACGAGUUUCCAUACAGGGAAAUUGACUGAAUAUGCGCGGGGAGCGAGGAAAGCACUUCUCUGGCUAACAAGGGAUCCGACAGCGUCAGAUGAAGAAAAGCAGUCGGCAUUGGAUAAAUGGGACGAGCUUCAAGAGUACAUAAACGAAGCUAAAAAUUUGUGA